GAGCUCGGGCUGGGAACGUGGAGUCCGGGGAGCGAGAGACAGCGCACGAGACCGCGAGCGAGAGGCGAGGCGGCCCGAGCCCCGCGCCCCGCGGCCGCCGGCGCCCAGGGGCCCGGGCAUCCCCCGGGCGGGUGCCUGCGCGGGGCCUCGCCGCUGCGCGGGGCACCCGCAGUCCUGCCCGCUCGCCCGAGCGCCAGGCUCGCAGGAGCCCGGUUUUCAGUUCCUUUCGCCUCCGCCCGCCGCCCCAGCUCGCCGGCUGGCGUCGCCACCGCCUCCUCUCGUCCCUGGCCGCCGUCGCCGCAGCUGCUGCAAUCCGGGGCGCACACUCUUCCACUUUCCCGCUGGAGGCGCGGAGGAUGCCCCUUGCACCAGACCCGGAGACAUAGCCCCCGGGCCCGACCGGAGGAACCCUGGUGGCAAGAAAGGAAAUCCAGGCUCGGCUUUACUUGAUGCCGCUGCAGCAGCCAGCAGCCGGGAAGGCGCCCACCGAGCGGGCGCGCCAAGCCCGACCAGCGGAGGCGCAGAGAGAGACCCCAGGCGCCUGCUGGGCUUCGCUGACGGAGUUUGCAAGUGGCCUAGACCCCUAAGGUGGCAGCCCUGAGCCCCAAUGCUUGACUGAAUGGAAGCUCACCAGUUUCUAUUUCCAGGAGGUGGACACACGAGGUGGUCCCUGGCUGGGGAAGUGACCAGAAACAGGGCCCUCAGUGAAAUAGUCAAGCCCUGACAAGCUUGAGGAGCUCUGACAGAGGGCCAGAUGUGAACUGCAGCUGCUGGAGACCCUCCGAAUCCUCCUCCAAUUUGAAAGAAUAUUUUCCAAGUACUUCGGGAACUCUCUGAGGUGAAGAACAAGAUGUAGAAAAAUGGGACCAACUCUGGAGUGUCCUGUCCCUCAAAACCCUUGUCUUGGCCCAAAGAAGGCCACCUUGACCUCAGGGCGGUUGGUGAGCUUUCUCCUUUCUCUUGGCCUCAGUCAGGCGCUGGACUUCCCCAUCCCCUCUGGGAUAAGACGGAAGACUCCCAGGGCUUCCAUCCCUAAGGGAGACUUGAGAAACUAAGCCCCCCACCAUCCUCUCCUGAUCCCCCCCCCAUCUCAGCCCCAGUGAGCCAGUCCGGAAUGAUCCCACUAUGGCCAAACUCUGGUACAAAUUCCAGCGGUACUUCCGCAGGAAACCCUUGCGCUUCUUUACCUUCCUGGCACUCUACCUGACGGCCGGGAGCCUUGUCUUCCUUCACUCCGGCUUUGUGGGCCAGCCCGCCGUCUCCCAGGACCAGGCCAACCCUGCCGCGGGCACCCUGGCCGAGGGUGCUGAGCUGCCCUUCCUGGGUGACUUGCAUCUGGGCAGAGGCUCCCGGGACGCAGGCGAAGUCGCGAGCAUCGCCCGCAGGUACGGGCCCUGGUUCAAGGGCAAGGACGGGAACGAGAGAGCCAAGCUGGGCGACUACGGGGGAGCCUGGAGCCGAGCCCUCAAGGGGAGGGUCGCGAGGGAGAAAGAGGAGGAGCGAGCCAAGUACAUCGGCUGCUACCUGGAUGACACCCAGAGUCGGGCCCUGCGAGGUGUGUCCUUUUUCGACUACAAAAAGAUGACCGUCUUCCGUUGCCAGGACAACUGUGCUGAACGGGGUUACCUGUAUGCUGGGCUGGAGUUCGGUGCCGAGUGCUACUGCGGCCACAAGAUCCAGGCGACAAACGUGAGCGAGGCCGAGUGCGACAUGGAGUGCAAGGGCGAGCGGAGCAACGUGUGCGGUGGCGCCAACCGCCUCUCCAUCUACCGGCUGCAGCUGGCCCAGGAGUCCGCCCGCAGGUAUGGAAGUGCAGUGUUCCGAGGCUGCUUCCACAGGCCUGACAACCUCUCGCUGGCCUUGCCUGUGACAGCUGCCAUGCUGAACAUGUCUGUGGACAAGUGUGUGGACCUCUGCACGGAGAAGGAGUACCCGCUGGCCGCCCUCGCGGGCACCGCCUGCCACUGUGGGUUCCCCACCACCCGAUUCCCCCUCCACGAGAGGGAGGACGAACAGCUCUGCGCCCAGAAGUGCAGCGCGGAGGAGUUUGAGAGCUGCGGGACGCCCAGCUACUUCAUCGUGUACCAGACGCAGGUCCAAGACAACCGCUGCAUGGACAGAAGGUUCCUCCCAGCCAAGUCCAAGCAGCUCAUCGCUCUGGCCAGCUUCCCGGGAGCCGGCAACACGUGGGCUCGCCACCUCAUCGAGCUGGCCACCGGCUUCUACACUGGCAGCUACUACUUCGAUGGCUCCCUCUACAACAAAGGGUUCAAAGGUGAGCGAGACCACUGGCGCAGCGGACGGACCAUCUGCAUCAAGACGCACGAGAGCGGCCAGAAGGAGAUCGAGGCCUUUGAUGCUGCCAUCCUGCUCGUUCGCAACCCCUACAAGGCCCUCAUGGCAGAGUUCAACCGCAAAUAUGGUGGCCACAUCGGCUUUGCCGCCCAUGCCCACUGGAAGGGCACAGAGUGGCCCGAGUUCGUGAGGAACUACGCCCCGUGGUGGGCCACUCACACGCUGGACUGGCUGAAGUUUGGCAAGAAGGUGCUGGUGGUGCACUUUGAGGACCUGAAGCAGGACCUCUUCGUCCAGCUGGGCCGAAUGGUGAGCCUGCUGGGCGUCGCCGUCAGGGAGGACCGGCUGCUCUGCGUGGAGAGCCAGAAGGACGGCAACUUCAAGCGCUCAGGGCUCAGGAAGCUCGAGUACGACCCCUACACAGCGGACAUGCAGAGGACCAUCUCCACCUACAUCAAGAUGGUAGACGCGGCCCUAAAAGGGAGGAACCUCACGGGUGUUCCCAAUGACUACUAUCCGAGAUGAAGGGCCAGAAGGGGACAGGGGCUGGGAGUCCUGACCGAGCAGGCCCUGGGGACUCACGGCCCCUUGGGGAACCCACCAAUCUGUCCUCUCUUUGGUUUGGGGAUAAUACCCUUGGCCGCUACCUGCCAUAAAGAGUUUCCUGCAUGACAGAGGAGGCUCAAGGAAAGAAAUUUCCAGGCAUCCGCUCACCCUACCCAUAGCCCCCCUUGGAGAUGUGGGGCAACUGGUUUGGGGAGUUCCAGCCACACAGACCCUUUUAUGUCCCCCAGGUCCCUGUCCCACCUCUUCCUCCACUCUGGGUUCCCCUUCUGGGGAGUAGGGCUUACUGGUGCCAGGGAGACAUGGUGGGAGCCAACAGCAGGUGUUGAGGACCUUGAUGUAGGAGAUAAAGAGGCUGUUGUCAAAGAGGAACCUAGAAGCCCUUCCCUUCUGGGCUGAGCGUCCAUGGCCUUCCCUUCUCCUCAUCACCAGUUGACCCCAGCUUGCACAACAGAAAGCACCAGCAUGGACAAAGAGUGCUGGGAAGUUUCUUCAUGGCCUUGGGUGUUUGACAUUCUGAAGAGGGUGGAGGGCAAUGGUGCUUAUGGUUGGCUAAGUGGCACCACCAUGUGGGGUCACUGGGAUCAUGAGCCCACCCCCAGGUCGUACUGCUUCUGAGAGACAAUCUGGUUAGGGCCAGAAUCCUUCCCUUUUCCUCCCCUCUGUGCCCAGGAGGUGUCCUUGGGGUCCUUGAUCUCACUUCUGAGGUUUCUCAGGCCCCAACAGGCUAAUUAACGCCCCAGGAUGGUCACGUUACGGGCAGAAUCUGAGUAAGUGGGAGAGCCUCAGUAACAUCUCACCGUUGUGGGGUCCAACAUGUUGAUAUUACACUGCCCUUCUGACCCCACCAGUGGAUCCUCUGCUAUCCAAGUGAGACAUCCAGAGUGCUCCACAGGAGGGGAACCACGCCCAAAGGAGACCCCAUCACGUUCCCAGGCCAGACCGUCAGCCUCCCCUUGACCCUGGUCCACUGGGCCAGCUCCCCUUUAAGGAAGGGGUAGAUGGGACGGCUCGUCAUUUCCAUACAAACGCUGCUCUCCUGAAGCUGAGACUCAAACCAAAGGAUUCCCGAGGCUCUUCCCCAACCCUGGCUUCACCUCCAGCCCACGCCUGGGCACCCACCCCACCCCUCACCACAGAGAUGCAAAAGCCAUAGGUCCCAGCCUCUCUGCUCCUCCUUCCGGAGCGGCCUCGGGAGGCAGGCAUGUGCUCCCUCCCGCAGAGCAGAGAGACUAUGGAGGAGGCUAGUGUAAAGAGAUAUAUUUUUCUAAGAGGAAUAUGACCGAUACAUUCCGCCCCUUGGGACCUGGCCGUGCAGAGAGAAGGGCCUGGGGAUCGGCCCUGUGCGUCCCUUCCCCGACUCCCCCACCUGGAGGAUUUGGGCCACCCCAGGGCCCAGCCAGGGGGCUCUGAAUGUAUUUUGUACCAUGUUUCUUUCCCCGGGGCCAAUUUCUAGUCUUUCUUUAGCAAAGCAGUAGAGAGCUCGGCCUCCUCCACCGGGAGGUCAGCCCUCUGCGGGAGACGCUUGGUCUAAGACCUGGGCCCGACCUUUCGCUGGCAGUCGCCUCAGGCCACAGGCCUCUGUCCUCAGGUCAAAACCAUCAUUAAACGGGAGUUUUGUUAAAUCUA